UCCAAAGUUUCUCAAACGCCAAGUUUCCAGAGCAUUUUAGAAAAGAUUUAAGAUUUAGGAUUAGGAUCAGCCCCCAACCACCACUAUCCUAAUCUCUCUCUAAAUUGGACAAGGAACAACUAUGUCAGAGUUACAGCUGCCCCCAGGAUUCCGAUUUCACCCUACCGAUGAAGAGCUCGUCAUGCACUAUCUCUGCCGCAAAUGCGCUUCUCAGUCCAUCGCCGUUCCCAUCAUCGCUGAGAUCGAUCUCUACAAAUACGAUCCUUGGGAGCUUCCCGGUUUAGCCUUGUACGGUGAAAAGGAAUGGUAUUUCUUCUCUCCCAGGGAUAGAAAAUAUCCCAACGGUUCGCGUCCUAACCGGUCUGCCGGUUCUGGUUACUGGAAAGCCACCGGAGCUGAUAAACCAAUUGGUCUUCCUAAACCGGUCGGGAUUAAGAAAGCUCUUGUUUUCUACGCCGGCAAAGCUCCUAAGGGAGAGAAAACCAACUGGAUUAUGCACGAGUACCGUCUCGCCGACGUUGACCGCUCCGUUCGCAAGAAGAAGAACAGCCUCAGGCUGGACGAUUGGGUUCUUUGCCGGAUUUACAACAAAAAGGGGGCCAUCGAGAGACGAGGACAACCGCCGCUUCCUGUUGUCACCGAGGAUAUCGUGGAGGAGAAGCCCAAGGUGACGGAGAUGGGGAUGCCUCCGCCGCCGCAACAGAGAAGUGAGUUCGUUUAUUUCGACACGUCGGAUUCGGUGCCGAAGCUGCAUACGACGGAGUCAAGUUGCUCGGAGCAGGUGGUGUCGCCGGAGUUCACGAGCGAGGUUCAGAGCGAGCCCAAGUGGAAGGAUUGGUCGGCGGCUGUAAGUAAUAAUAAUACCCUUGAUUUUGGGUUUAAUUACAUAGAUGCCACCGUGGAUAACGCGUUCGGGGGAGGAGGGAGUAAUCAGAUGUUUCCGCUGCAGGAUAUGUUCAUGUACAUGCCGAAGCCUUAUUAGUUUCCUACUCUCUCCUGACGCUCCUGCCGGAACGCAAACGCAAAACGCUCGUUUUUGCGUUUUUAUGGCAACACGAGACCGUUUAUAUAUAUGGUGGUCAAUGAGUGUGCCAUUUAGUUUUCUUGUAUGUAGUUCGUUUGUUUUAAUGUAGACCGUCAAGAUUUCAGGUAAUACCUGAUCCGACGGUGGUCGUUUGUUGUUCGAUGUAUUACUUGUUAGGUCGAAAAAACACUCCACUUGUCUUUUGUUUCCGCUUUAAUGGUUAUAAAAGUCAAAAAGCGAAUAUUUAUCUCUGCCGUAAUCAAUUUAAUACUAUUGCUUUCAGCUUAA